AUGAGCGAAACCAUCGUCACUCCGGGAGGUAUCUCGGAUCCUGCCCUCAUCAAGCUCGUCAAUAAGCUCCAAGAUGUCUUCGCGACCGUUGGUGUCAACAACCCCAUCGACCUCCCGCAAAUAGUAGUUGUCGGAUCCCAGUCGAGUGGCAAGAGUUCCGUACUCGAGAAUAUUGUGGGUAGAGAUUUCUUGCCGCGAGGCUCUGGUAUUGUCACAAGACGACCCCUCGUCCUGCAACUCAUCAACCGGGCACCCUCACAAGCAAAUGGCGUCAAGGAGGAGCUCCUCGACUCGACCGACAAGGCCGCCAACCAGGACGAAUGGGGAGAGUUCUUGCACGUCCCCGGCCAAAAGUUCUACGAUUUUAACAAGAUCCGCGACGAGAUCAGCCGCGAGACCGAGGCAAAGGUUGGCCGGAAUGCUGGCAUCUCCCCCGCCCCCAUCAACCUCAGAAUCUACUCGCCCAACGUCCUCACCCUCACCCUGGUCGAUCUUCCCGGUCUGACCAGAGUGCCGGUCGGCGACCAGCCUCGAGAUAUUGAGAGGCAGAUUCGUGACAUGAUUGUCAAGUACAUCCAAAAGACCAACGCCAUCAUCCUUGCUGUGACCGCUGCCAACAUUGACUUGGCCAACUCGGACGGUUUGAAGCUGGCGCGAGAGGUCGACCCCGAGGGACAGAGGACCAUUGGUGUCCUGACCAAGGUCGACUUGAUGGACGAGGGCACAGACGUUGUCGACAUUUUGGCUGGUAGAAUUAUUCCUCUCCGCCUGGGUUACGUCCCGGUCGUCAACAGAGGUCAGAGAGACAUUGACAACAAGAAGCCCAUCAACCAAUCGCUCGAGGCCGAGAAGAACUUUUUCGAGGAACACAAGGCUUACCGUAACAAGAGCUCCUACUGUGGUACCCCUUACCUGGCGCGCAAGCUCAACCUGAUCUUGAUGAUGCACAUCAAGCAGACCCUACCCGACAUCAAGGCCAGAAUCUCGAGCUCGCUGCAAAAGUACACUGCCGAGCUCAACAGCCUGGGUCCUUCCAUGCUUGGCAACAACUCAAACAUUGUUCUGAACAUCAUCACCGAAUUCACCAAUGAGUGGCGGACGGUCUUGGAGGGAAACAAUGGCGAACUCUCAAGCACGGAACUUUCUGGUGGUGCCAGAAUCAGCUUCGUAUUCCACGAACUGUACUCAAACGGUGUGAAGGCUGUCGAUCCAUUUGAUAUGGUGAAGGAUGUCGACAUUCGAACGAUUUUGUACAACUCGUCGGGUUCUUCGCCUGCUCUGUUCGUCGGCACUACCGCCUUCGAGCUGAUUGUGAAGCAGCAGAUCAAGCGACUAGAGGAGCCCAGCUUGAAGUGUGUUUCCCUCGUUUAUGACGAGCUGGUGCGCAUCCUCACCCAGCUGCUCCAAAAGCAACUCUACCGCCGAUACCCCCAGCUUAAGGAGACUGUUCACAAUGUCAUCAUUUCCUUCUUCAAGAAGGCCAUGGAGCCGACCAACAAACUCGUCAAGGAUCUCGUGGCGAUGGAGUCCUGCUACAUCAACACUGGCCACCCUGACUUCCUGAACGGCCACAGAGCAAUGGCCCUUGUUAACGAGAGACACAAUGGUGCAAAGCCGGUGCAGGUCGAUCCCAAGACUGGCAAGCCCCUUCCCGCCGCGGCCACCCCGGCCCGGGCUGCUAGCCCUACACUGGAGGGGUUGGAGCAGAGCAAUUCCGGUUUCUUUGGCAGCUUCUUUGCCGCCAAGAACAAGAAGAAGGCAGCGGCCAUGGAGGCUCCGCCGCCAAUGCUCAAGGCUUCCGGCACUCUGUCUGAGCGCGAAAACAUCGAGGUUGAGGUCAUCAAGCUGCUUAUCUCGUCUUACUACAAUAUUGUCAAGCGAACCAUGAUUGAUAUGGUCCCCAAGGCCAUCAUGCUCAAUCUUGUCCAAUUCACCAAGGAUGAAAUGCAACGAGAGCUCCUGGAGAACAUGUACCGCCAAGAAACGCUGGACGAGCUUCUCAAGGAAUCCGACUACACUGUCCGCAGGAGAAAGGAGUGCCAGCAAAUGGUCGAGUCGCUCAGCAGGGCAAGCGAGAUCGUCAGCCAGGUCCAGUAA